UAAGUGUAACAAGAGACAUCAAGAUGGAAAUUCUAGACAAGCUGGCACAAGAAAUGUUUGCAAUCAAAGCCUACCCUGACAAGAAUGAAAUAACAUCUGUUGCCCGGGAGCUAGUUUCCAAACAUCCCUGCCUCAAAGAGCCCGGCAAUGGCACAGGACAUGAUGGUUGGGCAACAAGCAUUAAGUUCAAGCUUGGCAACUACCGUUCCAAGCUAAGUCAAGCUGGAUGUAGUGAAGUUGCAGUCAAUCGAAAAAGAAGAGGGGAAGAAGAUGACAGUGGAUCAAAUAGAUUUUCCUUAAAGAAACCAAAGCGAGGUGAAGUCAACUUUAUCCCUGAUGCCCCAGAAAACUACAAUGAUGAGUCUCUUGAAAAUGAAAGAUGCAUUUUGGAAGAUGAAAUGAAGAAGAGGGAUAAGAACAUGGCACUCAUCACCCAAAAGAUGGACAUCACAUUCUCUCUCAGGAGGAAAGAAGUUGUGGAGACGCAGCCCUUGGUCAAGGAAAUGCAGCUCAGAUGGCCAGCUCUCUUCUUGAAAGAACAGGUCUCAAACAUAGUCCAGCAUCGACGAACCAUCAGUUUGGCAGGGUUACCGAUAUUUGUUCGCGAUGACGAGACCAAACUCUUCUUAACAUAUCUGGAUACAGAUCCAGUUGAGAGGGCAACCCGAGGUGUUACGGUGGGCAUCCUCACUGUUCUGGAGGACUACGUGGGACCCAACUCGCAGUCCACAGUGAUCAAUACUGCCAUUGUUUUGGAAGAGGACAUUAUUCUUGAUGAUCUGCCAGACCUUCCUACUGCCUUUGCCUACCUGUUUGGCCUACUUUAUGGGCUCAACAUGGAGUUUCCCAAAGAACUCAAGUACACAUUUGAAGCUGUGCAACACAUUUUUAUGGAGUUGACAUCUACCUGUUCCCAGAGGAUAAGAAGCUUCAAAACCAAGCUCUUAACCAAAGUCUAA